UGUUGUCUGUUACUCUGUUGACUGUUUAAAAAAAAAAAAAAUGUUGUGGCCCAUCUCCCAUCAUCAUAAUAUACCUCCAGGUGGUGUUUAGUAUUUCACUAAGAUACAAGCGAAAUCUUUAAGAAAUGACUUCCGAAAAAGAUCCAUUGGUGAGUGAAAGAUCUGGAACAGUGCGCGAAGUAGGCAACAAUGCUAUAUGGAGUCUAUCGUCUUGCAAGCCAGGAUUUGGAAUUGACCAAUUGAGAGAUGAUUGUAUGGACACAUACUGGCAGUCAGAUGGACAAUUACCUCACUUAGUGAAUAUUCAAUUCCAAAGAAAAACUAUGGUUUCGCAUAUUUAUAUUUAUACAGACUACAAACUUGACGAGAGUUACACGCCGAGUAGAAUAUCCAUCAGGGCUGGUACUCAUUUUAAUGAUUUGCAGGAAAUUGAAGUCAUUGAGUUAAUAGAACCAAGUGGUUGGGAGAUGAUACCUAUUAAAGAUAUUCACGAAAGACCAAUCCGUACUUAUAUGAUACAAAUAGCUGUGCUGAGCAAUCAUCAAAAUGGAAGAGACACACACAUGAGACAAAUUAAAAUUCAUUCACCCUGUGAACCAACAUCUUUUGAUAUUAACAAAUUUAGGAAAUUCUCAACAGUGCAAUUUCAACAAUAUGCUACAAUAAGAUAAUGGUUUUAACUUUAAUAUAUAAACUUAUUUUUAAAUGUGUAUUGAGACACUAAAAUAUUUAUGCAAUGAAUGUCGUAAUAAAAAAGAACAAAAAAUUGUAAUAAAUAUGUUCCCAUAUUCCCUAUGCAUGUUUCCAUGUGCUUAUGAUGAUUAGUUUUAUAGUUUCUUAUUACAUAAAUCUAGGAUAUGUUUAAUUUAAA